AUGAGUUUAGGCAUUUGUAGGCCUUCAAAUAGCUCCUGGGCUAGUCCUACACACAUAGUCCGUAAAAAGAACGGCGAAUGGCGUAUAUGCAGUGAUUAUCGUCGUCUUAACGCGAUAACUAUUCCGGAUAAGUACCCGAUACCUCACCUGCACGAUUUCACUGCCAACGUGGCAGGAAAAACCGUUUUUUUGGUUCUAGAUCUCUAUAAAGCUUACCACCAAAUUCCGGUGGCUAAAGACGACGUGCCCAAAACGGCCGUCAUUACUCCUUUCGGUUUAUUCGAAUUUGUCUACAUGACUUUCGGAUUACGUAACGCUGCUCAAUCGUUUCAGCGUUACAUACAUCGCGCUCUUCAGGAUUUAGAUUUCGUCUUUGUAUACAUCGAUGACAUUCUUAUUGCAUCCUCCUCGGAAGAGGAGCAUAAGAAUCAUCUGCGUAUUGUCUUUCAAAGACUUAAAAAAUACGGUUUAUUCAUUAACCCAACUAAAUGCACUCUCGGUGCGCAAGAGGUUACCUUCUUAGGCCACGUAGUUAAUCAGGACGGUAUCAAACCGAUUUCCGAACGCGUUGCUGCCAUACAAAAUUGGCCUAAACCUCGUACUAUCGCCGAUCUCCGACGAUUCCUAGGCGCCCUUAAUUUUUAUAGGCGUAGUUUAAAACAGGUAGCUCGCAUACAAGCCCCGCUACAUUGUUUUUUAACAGAUUCGCGUAAAAACGAUAAACGCGAAAUUACGUGGACACCCGAUGCCAAAGACGCAUUUGUUAAAGCAAAAUCUAGCUUAGCUAACGCAGCCUUAUUGGCUCAUCCGUCCAAUGAUUCGGAAACACGCAUAGGAUGCUUCGAACUUCUCGAUGGGAGCUCCUCACCUAGGCAGUUACGACAAUUGUCGUUCAUCGCUCAAUUCUCUACUGAUAUCGGGUAUCUACCAGAUCCCGAUAAUUUGGUUGCCGACAGUCUGUCACGCAUUGAGGCACUCCGCCUACCAACUGAAUUUGAGCUUGUUGAUCUCGCCUCGCGGCAGAAAGAGGACGAAGAACUUCAACACUUAUUAGCUUCCGAUAAGUCUUCUCUUAAACUUAAAAAAUUUGUUUGGGGUUCAUCCAACUCCGAGCUCUACUGUGAAUUAUCAAGGGAAGCCAUUCGCCCCUAUAUUCCAGUAUCUCUUCGGAAGCAGAUAUUCGAUCUGUUUCACAACCCCGCGCAUCCUAGCGCAAAAGUCACUGACUGUAUAAUUCGUCAACGAUAUAUUUGGCCUAACCUGCAUCGCGAUGUCGCCUUAUGGGCAAAUAACUGUAUCGACUGUCAGCAAUCAAAGCCGGAAGCAAUUCCUUUAGCCGAUAUCUCGGCUCAAACAGUGGCUAAAGCCUUUCAUGAUCAUUGGAUCACACGGUUUGGCGCGCCGCAAACUCUAACUACCGAUCAGGGAACUCAAUUCGAGUCACAGCUUUUCGCGGCUUUACUCUCUCUCGUAGGCUGUAAACGCGUUCGCCCAACUGCUUACCAUUCCGCGUCAAAUGGAAUGAUAGAGCGCUGGCACCGUUCGUUAAAGGCAGCUUUAAUGUGCCACGGUACAGAAAAUUGGGUCAACACUCUCCCAACCGUUCUUCUCGGAUUACGUACCCACGUUCACUUAGACACCAUGGCUUUUCCAGCCGAGUUUGUAUACGGCACCGUGCUCCGCGUUCCUGGAGAAUUCUUUCUACAGGAUGACUUUACCCCCGAUCCGCAGAUUUUCAUUAGUGAAUUUUGCGAAUUCAUGCGCCAAAUUAAACCCGUACCUGUAACUCAUCAUCACAAAAAGCGUGCAUUUUUCUUUAAAGAACUCAACGCGUGCUCUCACGUAUUCCUUUGCACCGACGCGGUUAAAAAACCUCUCGAGCGACCGUACUCUGAACCCUUCAGGAUCAUUAAACGCGACUCCGAUAAAGUAUUUACUUUAGACGUCAAUAACCGACCAAUUAGCGUUUCCACGGAGCGUUUAAAACCGGCGCAUUUUCUGCUUGAGGAUAUUAACAGCUCCUCCAGAUGUUCCUACUUCCUCGUCAAUGCAUAA